AUGGCAGAGGAAAACUACGAGGAAGCCGUCCGUGCUGCUGAAUUAAGGAAGAGAAGAACCUUCCGCACCUUUACAUACCGUGGCGUUGAGCUGGAAAAGCUCUUGGACCUUUCCGCUGAGGAAUUGAUUGAGUUAUUCCCUGCUCGUCUUCGCCGCCGUAUGCUCCGUGGUCUUGGAGCUGGUGCUUCUCGCUUCAUAAAGAAGCUUCGUCAAGCCAAGGCUGAGGCUCCUGUGAACGAAAAGCCCGCUGUUGUCAAGACUCACUUGCGUGGCAUGAUCAUCCUCCCCGAGAUGGUUGGCUCCCUCGUUGGUGUCUACAACGGUAAGCUUUUCAACCAAGUUGAAAUUCGCCCCGAAAUGAUUGGUCAUUACUUGGGUGAAUUCUCCAUCUCCUACAAGCCUACCAGACACGGUCGCCCUGGUAUUGGUGCCACUAACAGCUCUCGCUUCAUCCCCUUGAAGUAG